GUGAAAUCAAGGCGCGCACUCUGAGAAAAUAUAGUCCCUCCCGUUUUUAAGUCUUCUUGGUCCCCAUUGGAGGGGCGACUGAGCUGCACGAGGCGAUUAAUCGGGUCCUGGGCGGAGCAGGGGGCCGUCUAGGGGCCCAUGGGGAUUGUUGGCUAGGGAGCGGGGGGGAGCCUUUCCCCCCUAGUUUGGCGGAAAGUGAGUGAUUUGUCUGUGUCCCUAGCAAAGAGGCAAAGAACUUGCUUUGCAGCCUGAGUAGUUGUUUCUUUCGAUUGUUGUUACCGCUGUUUUAAAGGAAAAAAAUCUCUGUUUUUUGGUUGUUGUUUUGAUUUGUUACGGUGUUCUGUUGUUGUUGUUGUUACAAAGAAAAAAAAAUUCACCAAACUUCACUGGGAUUCGAAAGUGGGAGAAAAGUGUCUAGCAAGUUGAAAGAAUGGAGCUGCACAGCUUGCAAGAGGCGUUAAAAGUGGAAAUCCAAUGUCAUCAGAAACUAGUUGCACAGAUGAAGCAAGAUCCACAGAACGGUGAUCUUAAGAAACAAAUCCAUGAGAGGCAAUCGAGAAUAGCAGCUCUUAAUGAAAAACAAAAGCUGGCGGUGCGGAGCUGCUCCGCCGCGGUGCUGGUGGGAAGCGCAGGAGGGAAUAGCAGCGGCGGGGCCAGCGGCAGCAGCGGGGGCAGCUUCAGCGGCACAAAGCAACCCGCGCUGCCGGCGCUCCUCAAAGCGUCCGGAGGCGGCGGCGGCCAAAGCUCUGGCCCUCAGAGCCUGGCUCUCUCAGUGCUUCCAUCCAAGGGUCCCGUCGCCAUGGUGACCGCGCACCUCAAUGGCGGCCUGGGCUGCAGCGCCGAGCCCCCGCAAAGCGCGCCCAUCAACCUGCAGACCAAGCUGGGUUGCAGCGCCCGCCGCGCGCCCGCCGAGCCAGGACCCCAUUCCCAGGCUUUGGGAACCAUUGCAGCUGUACCGAUUAAAGUUCCUCAGGUGAGCUCCUUGCAGAGGUUGGCAGGACAAAGACCAGCAGUGCUACCUCAGGUUAGGCCAAAGACCCUGAUUCCAGAUAGCCUCCCUGUUUCUCCAUGCAGAGACCAACCUUCCAAACAACCUUCGACGUUCCAAAAGGCAACUGUAGUCAGCAUCAAAAACCCUACGCCUGCCCUUCCUACUGCCAAUAAUACCGUCAGCCAUGUACAGACACCCAACAGCCAAACACAAAGUGUCACAGAGUCUACAACUGUCUCAUCACCCCUGAGCAGUGGUGGUGUUGCCUAUGCCAUCAUCUCUACAUCCCCUAACAAUGCAACUCCUAUCAAUACCAGUGCUGCUGUCUCAGUGGUUAAUGACGGCAUUAAAGUGCAGCCACUCCUCAUCAGUGCUGACAACAAGGUCAUCAUAAUUCAGCCUCAAGUUCAAACCCAGACAGAGAGUAAAGUGGAGAUAAAGAAACCUCCUGAAGAGUCAGCUCAGGGACCCCCUGCUACCAAAAAGAAAAAGGAGGAAAGUCCAGAGAAAAUUGCCUUUAUGGUAGCAUUAGGCCUGGUUACGACGGAAUACUUGGAAGAAAUCCAGAGCAAGCGUCAGGAAAGAAAACGAAGAAGCACAGCGAAUCCAGCCUACAGUGGCCUCCUGGAAACAGAGCGGAAACGCCUUGCUUCAAAUUAUUUGAACAAUCCUCUGUUCCUGUCCACAAGAGCCAAUGAGGAUCCAUGUUGGAAGAAUGAGAUCAACCAUGACGAAUACUGUUCAGCAUGUAAGCGUGGUGCCAAUUUGCAACCCUGUGGAACAUGCCCCAGAGCCUACCACCUCAACUGCUUGGACCCUCCCUUGAAGACUGUCCCCAAAGGGGUCUGGGUCUGCCCUAAGUGCCAAGAAAAGGUGUCAAAGAAAGAUGAAAAUGUGCCAUGGACUGGAACUCUGGCUAUCGUUCAGUCCUAUGUUACUCAUAAAACAGUCAAAGAAGAGGAGAAGAGGAAAUUAUUAAAGAGAAGCAAUGAAUUGAGGGGAGAACACAGGCAGCUAGAGGAGAAAGAACACCUUCUCAAUAAUGCAAUGAAGAAGUGCUUAGAGCGAAAAAACAGCCUUUUGGCCCAGCAGAAAGGGGUUCAAUCAUCGUUGGAGCGCCUCAAAACUCUCAUUAGACUGAUACAGAAUGAACAGAUGAUUCAGGUUACCAUGACAACCACCACCACCUCCUCCCUGCUAACUGUCCCCUGGAUCAAACCGUCUUCUGCCUCAGCUGCUGCCGUACACAAAGCCUUGCAGCCAACACAGGGUAACAACUGACAGGGGCUGCCUGAAAAUCUAGUUUUUUCUUUUAAUAAAGAAAACAGAAAAUGAACUUUAGAUAUCCACAAACAUAUUUGCAACAUGAAAAUACUGCAACUGAAUCAAGAAGGAAACUUGAGGGGGUGGUUCAGACGAUGUUGUCUGUUUUUAUUACACCAGGACAUUGGGAAAACCAUCCAGCCCACUCAGUCGGUGUCAUGGCAACUUUCUACAGAGCAGAUCCUGCUGCAGUUUUCUAUUGCUGAGAUCUUCAAUGUUUAGGAUGUCGUUUGUUUUGGUUGCAUUGGCCUUAAUGUAUUUAAUGAAUAAGGAAAAUGGAACAGCAUAUGUUGGCCAAUUGGGGGAGUGUGGUGGUGGAAUGGAAUGGAGUACCCUUUGGGGAGGGCAGAUGGAUUUUUAGAAGUUCUCCUUUUGAAGGAAAAAUAGUUUUAAAUACAAAGAUUUAGUUAGGUAGUAAUGCAGGUAGUUGGUAGAGGGUGCGAAGUAAUGAGAAAUUGGUGACAUAAAAAAAUAGCUUGGAACUCAACAUGGAUUCCUGAUUUUUAACAAUGAACAAGGUCUACCACGUUGAUUCAGGUUGAACUGGACAUGGGGUUAUUUGAGAAGAAUUACAUUUGUGGGACACUCACAGAGCCUUCAAAAUCAAAUCAUUUUUUUCAGUAUUAUAGUUGAGAAUUACAUAUAUUUAAAUAAAAAUGUAUGAAUUAGCAUUUCUAGUGAAAUAUUGAAGUAUUUUCAUGCUGAUGCUUCUUGUACAUGCGUUCUGGAGUACUUAAAGAGGUAUGCCUGUAAAACCCCUUAAUUUUGCAGGUCCUUUCAACUUAUUUUGCUAUUGAUGUAUUUUUCUCAUGGAGUUUUUUGUGCAAGGUUUAGCAUAAACCAUAAUAGUGACAAAUACCUUCAGCAGGUUGGAUCUUCAUUAUUGUUUUUUGGGGGGAUCAGAAUUUUUUUAAAGAAAGAAAGCAAAUAAUCUUUGUUGCUGCUGCUUUUUUCCGUCAAGACAGUACAAAUGAUAUGCCAAAAAACUUUACACUUU